UCUCUUCAGCUCCUCCGCCAUGGAGUUUUACUGCAUCACUGUUCUACGAUCUCCCAACAUAAUCACGCCAACUGAACUGAAAACAAAUCACCCCCAAUCCAUCUCUGUUUAACGCGCACUGAUUGAUUCAGUUUCCACGAAUCCAUUUCUAACCUGUUAAUGUUAAUUCAUCGCAGCCGGCACCACCGCGCAAUAAACGAUGGCGUACAGGCGCACCCUCUCCACCGCCAGAGCAACUCUCCUCCCCCGCCAACGACUAGCCCCAUCCUUCUCCCACGUCCCCCACGACGACGAUCAAAAACGCCCCGAAGAUCCGAACCCUAACCCCACCUACCAUCACCACCGCCACUUCGGCAGCGGCGGCGGCGCUAACUCGUUACUGGGGUUUGGCAACUCGGUUCAGAACCGGAGGUGUUCUCAGUUCUAUCUUCCUCCGGCGGCGGGAGCGUUUUUCGGGAGAAACAUGUCCACGGCAGUGGACGGAGGGGCGGAUAAGAUCGAGUACAUGAGCGACGUGGCUGAAGUGCUUGCUGACAAGACGGUUGAGGCCGUGGCGGCGGCAGCCCCAGCGGUUAGCGAGGUGGCGGUGGCCGCAGCGGAUUCGGCUUUCCCCGUGGCGGCGUUGCAGUACUUCAUCGAUAAUGUUCAUUCUUUCACUGGAUUCAAUUGGUGGGCAUCAAUAGCCGUGGCAACUCUUCUGAUUCGAGGAGCAACGGUUCCACUUUUGAUAAACCAGCUUAAGGCCACUACAAAAUUGAGUCUUUUGAGGCCACACUUGGAAGAGAUUAAGCAAGAGAUGCAAGACAAGGGCAUGGAUCCUAAAGCAGUGGCUGAAGGUCAGCAACGAAUGCAAGCCCUAUUUCGGGAAUAUGGCGUUUCUCCUUUUACUCCAUUGAAGGGUCUCCUUUUCCAAGGUCCUGUCUUUGUCAGUUUCUUCCUUGCUAUUUCAAACAUGGUAGAAAAAGUACCUUCUUUUAAAUAUGGUGGAGCGUACUGGUUUACUGAUUUGACCACUCCAGAUAGUUUGUAUAUCUGUCCAGCAUUGGCGGCACUGUCAUUUUGGAUAACAGUGGAGUGCAACAUGCAAGAAGGCUUGGAGGGUAAUCCUGCUGCUAAAACAAUGAAAACUGUUUCAAGGGUCUUUGCUGCUCUUACUGUUCCACUUACAAUGACUUUCCCGAAGGCUAUAUUUUGUUAUUGGGUGACCUCCAACCUCUUCUCGCUUACAUACGGAUUAGUGCUUAAAGCUCCUGGGGUGAAGAAGUUUUUGGGUGUUCCUGAAAUACCUAUAGCACCGUCGUCUGCUACUUCUGCGGACAAACCUGCCCUCUCUUUUUUUGAAUCGCUCAAAAAAGUUGCAGCAGCACAAAAAUAUUUUGCAGAACAGCAGGUGGCUCCACAAUCACACAUUGAAGCAUCAACACCUGCAGCAGAUCAAAAAUCGUCUUCCUCCUCACUAAUUAAUCAUAGGCUGAAAAGCUUGGAAAAGCAAGUGAAAGGAAGAAAGAAGAACAAGAAGAGGUGAUUAUGUGUUGAGAUAUAAAUGUUGAACCAUAUCAGUUACUAAAUGUUUUGUCCAAUAGUGCGUAUCAGAAUAAAUGUAUUCUUUAACUAGCGAUCCAGUCAUAGUAUUAAUUUUGAGACGCUGCUUUAUAGAAUGCCUCUGAGAGACGGUGAGAGAGAGCCGCUUGUAAUUCUUAAAUUUUGAUAGGUUAUGUAGUGAUGGAAAGGGAUGAGUUAAAAUGUUGGUAGUUGAAAGCUAGAAGAUUGAAAAUUCUCACCUUUUGCUCUAGUGGGAAUACUGUUAUUUGGUACUAUUUCAUGCUCGAUGACCGAGUCUAAUUUUUUGCUA